CUGGCUCUCAUGUUUGGUUGCAGUGGUGAGCCUUGGAUGGGAUUUUGUGAGUUUUGUUUGACAGAACUACAAAGUUGCCGUUUUAAACUGUCGGAACUUCAGAGAAGCUUCGUCUGAACUGACACCCCACCUUUUUUGAAGUUUCACCGGAUAGAUUUGCUCUGACGGACUGGGGACUAACUUACCAUUACUGGGAAUAUAUUCUUUUUGCGUGGGAAUGAUUUUUUCUGUGUCAUCGCACCUGGGAUGGGAUGGCCUUUGAAGAAACUUGACAGCUGUUAGGAAUUGUCUUCAGGAGUUACAUUUUACAAAAAAAGAAAACGUUUUGAACUGAUUUUACCUAGGCCUACAUCCAUAAAAAAUGGAUCAGGCAAGUGGAGGAGAAGACCCAAACAAGCCAUCUAAAAAGAAAUCUGGUGAAGAUGAGAAUAAAAACAAAAAGCUGAAUAUACACAUUAAAACACUGGCUGACGACAUGCGUGAUCGAAUCACCAGCUUCCGCAAGACGGGUGGGAAGAAGGAGAAGCCCCUCAUCCAGCACCCCACCGACCCCCUGUCCCCCCAGGCGGAGCUGCCCAUGCCCCAGCCCUUCCUCGACGAGCGCUCCAUGAACCUCUCCGAGAAGGAAAUCAUCGACCUGUUUGAGAAGAUGAUGAUAACUGGAAGCAAAGUGCCGGGAGGCCUGAGGAACAGCAAGCACGAGUGCACACUGUCAUCCCAGGAGUACGUUCACGAGCUGCGCUCCGGCAUCACCGACGAGAGGCUGCUCAACUGCCUGGAGUCCCUGCGCGUCUCCCUGACCAGCAACCCUGUCAGCUGGGUGAACAAUUUUGGCCAUGAAGGACUGGGUCUGCUUUUGGACGUGCUCGAGAAGCUGCUGGACAAGAAACAACAGGAGAGCAUUGAUAAGAAAAACCAGCACAAGCUUAUCCAGUGCCUCAAGGCCUUCAUGAACAAUAAGUAUGGCCUGCAAAGGAUUCUUGGCGACGAGAGGAGUCUGUUGCUCCUUGCCAGAGCCAUUGAUCCCAGACAGACCAGCAUGAUGACCGAGAUAGUCAAGAUCCUGUCUGCCGUCUGCAUCAUAGGAGAGGAGAACACCCUGGAUAGGAUUCUGGCAGCCAUGACCAUAGCCGCGGAGAGGAAUAACAAGGAGAGAUUCGCUGCGAUAGUGGAAGGCCUCGAGAACCAUGAGGCCCAGCAGUUGCAGGUGGCUUGUAUGCAGCUGAUCAAUGCCUUGGUGACCUCUCCGGAUGAGCUGGACUUCAGGAUACAUCUUCGGAACGAGUUCCUGCGUUGUGGCCUCAAGAAAAUCCUACCGGAGCUGAAGGAGAUGGAGGAGCUCGACAUCCAGCUGAAAGUCUUCAACGAGAACAAAGAGGAGGACCGCGAGGAGCUGUCUCACCGCCUCGACGACAUCCACGCCGAGAUGGAUGAUAUGAGUGAGGUGUACCACCUCCUGUCCAACAUGGUACGAGACACCGCAGCCGAGCCUUACCUUCUGUCCAUCCUCCAGCACUUGAUGCUCAUCAGGAACGACUACUACAUCAGGCCUCAGUACUACAAGGUCAUUGAGGAAUGCGUAGCCCAGGUGGUUCUACACCGCAGUGGGACGGACCCGGACUUUGGGUACCGGGAGCGUCUGGACGUGGACUUCACCCUCCUGAUUGACCAGUGUGUGGACAAGGCGAAAGUGGAGGAGAGCGAGCAGAAGGCCACCGAGUUCUCGAAAAAGUUCGAUGAGGAGUUCAGCGCACGACAGGAAGCCCAGGCUGAGCUCCAGAAGCAGGAGGAGAAAAUCAAAGGUCUGGAGGCGCAGAUCACCACACUGCAGGCUCAGGUUGCAGCAGGCCCAGUGGCCGCCGGUGUCCCUCCCCCUCCACCACCCCCAGGUGGCGCUCCUCCACCUCCUCCUCCUCCUCCUCCCCCGCCGCCACCUGGAGGUGGUCCCCCUCCACCUCCUCCCCCGCCCCCUCCCCUCCACGCUGGCCUCGCUCCUCCUCCGCCACCUCCUCCGCCUGGUGGAGGACCACCGCCGCCCCCUCCGCCUCCUGGGGGAGGACCUCCGCCACCGCCACCCUUCCCUGGGGCUCCACCUCCGCCCAUGAUGAUGGGCCCCCCUGUCGUCAAGCUGCCUUACGGACUGGAGCCCAAGAGGGUCUACAAGCCUGAAGUGGCCAUGAAGAGGGUGAACUGGUCCAAGAUCGUGCCUCAAGAGAUGGAGAACUGCUUCUGGAUCAAAGUGAAGGAGGAGAAGUUUGAGAACCCAGACCUGCUGGCCCAGCUGUCCCUGACCUUCUCGUCCAAGUCUAGAGUGAAAAAAGAAAAUGUGGAUGAAACGGACGACAGGAUGACACAAUUCAAGAAGAAGGCCAAGGAGCUGCGGAUCCUGGACGGCAAGACGGCCCAGAACCUCUCAAUUUUCCUGGGAUCGUUUCGGCUGCCGUACGAGGAGAUUCGAGACAUUGUGCUGGAGGUGGAUGAGGAGAGGCUGAGUGAAGCUCUAAUCCAGAACCUGAUCAAGAAUCUUCCGGAGCAGAAGGAGUUAAGUGCCCUGGCCGAGCUGAAGGGCGAGUACGAGGAGCUGUGCGAAUCGGAGCAGUUUGGCAUCGUGAUGAGCUCGGUGAAGCUCCUCCGCUCGCGCCUCAACGGCAUCCUGUUCAAGCUGACCUUCGAGGAGCAGCUGAACAACAUCCGGCCGGACAUGAUGAACGUGACGUUCGCCUGCGAGGAGGUGAAGAAGAGCGACAGCUUCAGCAAGCUCCUGGAGCUGGUUCUGCUGGUGGGCAACUACAUGAACGCAGGCUCCCGCAACGCGCAGACCUUUGGCUUCAACGUCAGCUUCCUCUGCAAGCUCCGAGACACCAAAUCGACCGAUCAGCACACCACGCUGCUGCACUUCCUGGCUGCGAAGUGUGAGGAGACGCACCCCGAGAUCCUCAAGUUCCCCGACGAGCUGGAGCAUGUGGAGAGUGCCAGCAAAGUCUCUGCACAGAUUCUGAAGGCCAGUCUGGACAACAUGGAGCGUCAGAUCCAGAGGCUGGAGAACGACAUCACCAACUUCCCCAAGAGCGAAGACAAGCAGGACAAGUUUGUGGAAAAAAUGUCCGGCUUCUCCAAGCAUUCGCGUGAGCAGUACGAGAAGCUCUCCAUCAUGCACAAGAACAUGCAGAAGCUGUACGAGAGCCUGGGCAGCUACCUGGCCUUCGACCCGCACACCCUCAGCGUGGAGGACUUCUUCGGGGACCUGGCCAACUUCCGCUCCCUCUUCAUGGAGGCUGUGAAGGAGAACCACAAAAAGCGGGAGAUGGAGGAGAAGAUCAAGAGAGCCCGGCUGGCAAAGGAGAAGGCAGAGCGCGAGAAGCAGGAGCGGCAGCAGAAGAAGAAGCAGCUGAUUGACAUGAACAAAGAAGGAGAUGAGACAGGCGUGAUGGACAGCCUAAUGGAGGCCUUGCAGUCUGGAGCGGCGUUCCGCGACCGGAGGAAACGGACCCCGCGAAAUGGUGAUCAAAGCCCCUCCAGUCCAGCCUGUCGGUGGCCGGGUGCUAACCAUGCAGAUAACCGGCGUGCUGGUUUGGAGAGGUCCCGCUCGCGCCACAACCCCAGCCUGCUGCCCCGAUGAUCACCCCAGCUCACCGGACAUCCACAGACGUCAGCCAAGUGCCAAAGAAAACCAGUAGGGGCAGGAGGGGGUGAGGGCGGAAAUGUGGA